CCAGUGUCUCACACCUCCAUAAAUUCGACUCACUCGCUGAUGAACUGACCUCGCUCUGUAAAUUCUUAUCACGCUAUUUGUUCUCCACAAUAAGAAAUGGCUGGGAGUGAAGAAAACAUGCGAAAGAUAGUUUUGGGUAUAGACGGAAGUGAACACUGCGAGCGAGCUCUUGAAUGUAAGUAAAGGGCAACCUUCCAAUUAUUUCGAGAUGACUUUUUCGGUCGAACCAUAAUUAUUCAGGUCAGGUUCAAGCUGGUUGAGGGUUGUGCAAUAUUUUUGAUCAGAAAAAGCCGCAGAGUAUGAGUUGUUUUUGUUAAGAAUAUCUAUCUGGCAAACGUUUUGAGAUCUGGAUGUGAAAAGAAUCAAUCAUCUUUAGGGUCGUGUCAGGAUUCACGUACUUCCCCACAGUUAAUCAUGUGUAACUGAAUACAUUAAUUUCGCGAUGGAAAUACAAUUUGUAGAAGCCGUAGGGAUUCGAAGAGAGAGUUCGAAUGCACUGAAUAAAAUCGUAUAAAUAGUUUUGAGGUGGACCGGAGUCAUUUGAGCUCGUUGUGUUCUAGAACAGAGAUUCACUUAACAAGUAGUACGCUACAAAUUUUAUUACUAAUUUUCUUGAGUAGAGGAUUACAGGUACUUUGGUAAUUGUCAUGUGACUUCUCGUGAACUGUGAAACAUGAAGCCUGUCACGUCUAGGGGAUUUCUCAUCAUUACUAGGCAUUUAACAGUCAAUCUCUCGCAUUUUCUUGAUUCAUUUUAUCGUUGUAACAAUUACUUAGUGGUGACUAUUUUAUUUAGAGAGAAAAAGAGCUGUACAAACACCUCAGUGAUAUCUAAUGAACCAUCUCUUCAUCUGAAUCAAACAAAAUCCAAUUCUUCAAAUGGUUUCUGUGGCUAGUUUGUUAAAUGAUGAAACUUUCCAAAUUUUCCAGACAAGUUUGCCCUAGAUAUGAAAAAAAAGUCAUGAGAAUUGUGCUACCUUGUCGUCAAAUUUAGGACCCCCUAUAUACACUGAAUGGAAUUAAAUAAAGAAUGGAAGGUAACACCUGGUAGUUAAGGUAUAUUAUGUGAUCCAGGGUAAAGAUGUUGUUUACAUUUGCUUCACAAUAAUAAGUAUUCGAUCUAUAUGCCAUACUUGGCUUAGUCAAUUUAUUUUUCUCUUAAGCAAUUAGCUUCCAUUUCAAGCAAUAACUUUUUCCUGCACUAAGGAGAUGUCAUCACUUGGGAAUAUGUUAUCAUUAUAAAGUGUGUACUCCAUGAUUUCUUGCUCACUGUUAAAAUAAUCAUUAGAGCAAAAUUUUCAGCCUUUAACAUUUUGUUCUCUUAUUUUAUUUUGCCUCUCUCUACACAGGGUAUGUCAAAAAUCUCUCUAACAAAAAAACUGACAAGUUAUUUAUAAUCCACGCACAGGAGCCUCCAACAAUUCCAGCUGCUCCCUACCCCUGUAAGUAGAACUAAACCUGUAAAUACCCCUGUAAAUGGAACUAGACCUUAGUUGUAGAAGACAAUGGUUCAAUGAAAGUAAUUGUAAAAUGUUAUGAUUAUUUGGCUGUCAAGCAUGAUGUAAUGGAGUUUUUAUGUAAUUUGUGUGGCUAUCAUCGUACGGAUUACAAAUAACUCAACAGUUGAGAGGUGUAUGUGAUAGUCUUGCAGAUAUUGUAUAUACAUACAGUGUUGGUUUUACGCUCUUAAAUUUUGCAAAAAUAGUAACCCAAAACCUCUAGGCCUUGCAAAGGUUAGUUUUGAUUCAAAUAUAAAUAUCAGUCCAAUCCCUAGUUAUUAUACUACUGUCCCUUUUAAAGUUCUGGUUUGCAUUUUUUUUUUAUAACUGGCUACCAAGGAGUCCUAAGUAAGCCUAAUGUUCAGAUAUGGGCAGUUUUUCUUACAGCAUUCUCAUCUGUCUAGAAAACCCUUCAACCUUUUCAGUGGCCUUGAUAGUCUUGAAAUUACCUUUUGGUCUUGUUCCUUGAAUUUGAUUUAGUAACAUUCUUUAACCUUGAAAAAUCCUUUGAAUUUUUAAAUUACAGUUUGAGAAUACACUUGCAUGGUUUUUUUCUUUUAAGUACAAUUGCUGAGGUGAUUAUAGUGAUUCCCAUGCUGUUAUGGUUGAGGAUUGUCCUUAUAAUAAAGUUAAAAAUAAUACUAAAACAACUAUUUGCCUUAAGCUCAUGGAAUAUGGUUCAAUAUUCCCUUGACUUUGUCAUAGGGAAUAUUCAGCAAUAAUUACUUUGCCUCUGGCAAACAACGAUAAUCAAAAUAUUACAUAAUCCAUGGGCAAACUGCUCCCUCAACCAAUCUGAGUAACCUAAACUCAUGGUGAACCAAUUGUGCAGAUAAUGAACUCAGAGCUUUAAUUGUUUUUUUUAUAAAAGCUUAUUCAUUUGAUUGGUAAUUUGCAGACUGAAAUGUUUAAUCUUAUUUCAGAUGGUUAUGCAUAUUAUGAGGAAUGGCAGCAUUUACUUCAGAAAAGUGAUAAACAUGCCAAAGAACUGUUGGAGUGCUUUGGAGCAAAGUGUAACCACCACGAGGUUUGUGAUUUUUUUAUGUAUACAUUUCACUAGUGAACUGUUGGAUAAAGGGUCAAUUUAAAAAAAUCCUUAGGAUUGUACUGGUGAAGCAACAUUGAAGGUAAGGGUGAAAAUUCCAUCGUGAGAGUUACUAUGCCCUCCUGAAAAUAAUUUGUUUCCUGGUCACAGUGCCUUUUUUUUGCAGCAUCCUUUUCUCCAGAAAAUCCAUAAAUUAGGAGUGGUUAACAUGUUGACUGGAAAGUUUUGUUGCAUAGGCCCCAAAUGGCAUCAAGCAGACUGACUGAAGUCUUAGAAAGCAAUGAUUAAAAGUGUCUUGCCCUGGCUGCAGACUGAAUGCUAUCCACAGGCUAACGGGAACAAUUUUCACAGAAAUGUAUACACCCUAGCUUUCCUAGAAAUGUAUGCACCCUAGUCUCAGUUUUGGACUAAUUGCAGCAUGUUGCCAGCCAAGGUGUUUAGAAAUUAUCUCUGCUGCCACCUUUGGCAGCUCAUAAAACCAUCCCAUUUAAAAGUAAGAGAUUUGCUUUUAUCUUGGCAGCUGAAGUUCAAGUUGUACAAAGAAGAAAGUAACAGACCUGGAGAAGUGAUUUGUAAGCUGGCAAAAGAUGAGGGUGCAGAUAUCAUUCUUAUUGGUUCACGUGGUGUUGGAACUCUGCGCCGCACAUUUCUUGGUAGUGUUAGUGACUACUGUGUGCACCAUACCCAUAUUCCUGUGGUGGUUAUUCCACCUCAAGAUUCACAUGGUGACCAUGCCCAUGCACAUUAAUUAUAUAUUUUACCUUUGAAGAGUCCAACUCUCAUGUUAAGUGUGUAACACUGAUUGUAGAGAGGGGUAAUCAUUCAUGAUCUCCAAGUGCAAAAGGGGCACAAAACAGAUAAUGAUUGAAAAUUUCACAGGAACCUGAAGGCAUUUGAAAUAGAAAACUACAAUGGUUUUUUUCUUUUUCAACAAUAAGUCUUCUUAGGGUUAUAAAUAUCAUCAAAUUGAUUAUUGUCUUGAAUUUUAACUUUUGAUUCACUGUUAGUAACUUAAAUAUACUCAAGUUUCUGCAAUCUAACUGUUUUCAAUAUCUUCUGUGGAGAUUAAAAGGAUAGAAAAGUAUUCUGUUGUGGCAAGAGUGUUAUUAAUGCAUCUAUCAAUUUGAAACAUUAAAUUUCUUUCUCCCCCCCCCCUCCCAAGCAACCCUCUAGGAAUUUGACUUUUGAAGAUAGGUUUGUUCAAAUUCACAGCACCUGGGCCGAAAUUGCAUUCAAUUGACUUACCCUAGUGCAGGAUUUGAUGGUCAAUUUUUUUGUAAAGGCAAGAUCAGUGACCAUGACUUUCUUGUAGCCUUUUUCUCCUGAGCCAUCUGCUCCUGAACAUAAACUCUUACCCUUAGAAGGGGUGUUAUCCGCUGGAAAGAAAUGACAGCUCCAGUUCAAAUUUCCUACCCCACAUGGGCAACAAACAAAUUCCCCACCCCCUGGAGCACAGAAUGCAACAAAAUACUGUUAGAAGUUUGCAGGCAUAAAUUCAUGGGCUGCAUUAAGGAGUGCCGAACAUGUACGCAUGCAUUUGAACUAAUCCCAAUGAGGGCACUAGUAAUGAUCUAAUAAUAAUAUGCACAUUCAGGGUUGUCAGUUAUUUGUGGCUUUCAAACACAUAACUGCAUGGUUUAUGUUGGAGUAAUAAAAUGAGCUUUUCUUAACCUAAACUCAUUGUUACACAGACAACAGACAAAUGCCCAUGAGUUGUAUGAAUCAAAUAAACAUGACAUGUAUGAAAUUAAAAAUCCCUUAGGCCAGCACAAGGUUCCACUUCCUUGUUGAGCGAAUGAACUGAAAACAGUUUACCCCAAACAACCAUCAAUUACAGAAUAAUAUCAAAUACUCUACCCUUUUUUCUUUGUUGCAUUUUCUAACUUUUUUCAGCUAUCAUUUUGAAGUAGCAACAGUGGUCAAUUACAGAAAUCAAACCUAAAAGAGAUUGACUUUUUUCUUUUUUUGACUUUUUCCUUUCAAUUGACUCCAGUAUGUCACCUCAUUGCUUACGUAGUGGCACAGAUUUCCUUUAAAACAAUUUAAUCCCAUAUAGAGCGUGGUUCAGGAAUGGCAAGUAUUUUUAAACCAUUUUAAAAAAAUGAUUGAUUUGAAACGUCAUUAAAAAAAAAAAGCCUUCCCCUCCCUUCAUGAGCUUCACUGAGGAGAGAUUCUCGCGACUUUCGUGUGGAAUCGAGCGUCUUCCCGCGCCCACGCGUGUUGUUCGUGGGUUCUGGAUGAAUUUCCGACAGGUACCAGUUCAUUUUGGCCACGUCCAAACGUGAAAGUCAACAUGACGGCUGAAGCAAGUGAAUGCACUGCGAGGAAAAUUCUCAUUGCAGUCGAUGGAAGUGAACAUGGUGAUCAUGCAUUCGACUGUAAGUAUAUCGUGGAAAUACGGCGUUCAUAAGUGUAUCUUUUUCAUUUCUCUGCUGAGAGAAGGUCAUGUCUUAAACGUUCGACGCUGUCCUACGAGGUCUUUGCGUGAUCGAGAUCACGCACAUUUUCAAAUGAGUCUCCACUCUUCCUUCUAAUAUUCGAAGUAAUCAGGAAUUUUGAUUUUUUUGGUGCAAAAGAAACGCCAUACGUAGCCAUCAAGAAAACGAGUCAUUAUUUCAUUUUUGCCCUUUUUGGAUCUGACAGAGGGCCUUCUCUAAAAGUUGGCCUAGUGCCAUUGAGGCAACGUUUGUACGUUUUGUUAAUAAGUGGUAAACGCAAACUGGCUUACGGAAUUUCACAAUUUUUCUCUAGCGCAUUUUCAAACAUUGAAAGGCUCCCAACGAAGUAAAACCUAUCAGGGUACUCAGCAUAAAAAUAAAUUCUCAAAUACCCUAAAAUGAUCAAUAUUAAACUUCUCCUCACGGUGACCAUACAUUAACCAGUAAACAGGCUUGAAACAAUCGAUAAACUCAUCAGCUGGGGGAUUUUAUAUCAAUUAAACUCCAAUUUUUUUGGGAAGUUAUGGACAGGUAAAUGGUUCUGGCCAAGAAGAAAGGAUUAUGAAGUAAAUCUGUUGAGUACACAGUUUAAAGUAGGCUCCCCAACCAAUUUUUUGGCCACAGGGAGAAAUACAUGUAGGGUCCUGUUUAACUCUUGCUGGAUUAUAAGGUGUUUUUCUCAUGUGAAUUGUAGAUAUUCUUAUAUAAUGAAAUCAAAACCUUUUUUGAUGGAGCAGUUGAGUGGCAAGGUGAUUGGAAGUGAUUUAGUUAGAAAUUGGGCUUAACCCUGGAGAACCACUAUAACUGUUACUCUUUAAACCCUUUAUGCCCAUCAGUGUCCCCAGCAGUCAAAGUGAUGUCUUCAGGACUAACAAAAAAAAUAAUUUUCAAAUAGUUACAGCUCUAUAUAUAAGAUUGUUGCCAAAGCUCAAACAGGUGAUUGUACACAUUUUUAAUAAUGAAAUUUUAAUUCAAGGGUACAUGGAAAAGAUUCAUUCUGCUGGAGAUUCUGUGAUUGUGUUACAUGCAUUUGAGAUUCCUUCUCUUCCAUAUUCAUCUGGGCCAUGUGAGUAUACUCAAAUGUUGCAUUUUUGCCUGUUAUAAACUCUUUUAUUGGCAUGCAGAGUAUAGGUUGGUAGCUAGGUCAUAUUUAUGGUGUGCACACAAAUGAAAGGAAAUAUUCCUGGGCCCCCAAGGCAGGGAAGGGAAGGGAGGCUGUAAAAAAUUAAGGUGGGUAGUGCAGCAACCCCAUCCUUUUUUCAGACGAAAGCAGAUAUUGUCCCCACCCUAUUUUAUAUAUGAACAGCCACCAAAAUAAUAAUUCUGAAAAAUGUCAAAUUCAACUCGAAACAGAGAGUGUGCUUAGCCUUACCCAUAAAUGGCUAAAGCCCUACCUAAUUUUAGACCAAAGCAAACACAGCUGAACCUCUCUGUAAAGGCCAACCUGAGAACAUCCUCAUUGUUUUGAGAUGGGGUGUGAUAUAACACCUGUUUUAUUUUGGAUGGUUACAACACAUUUGUUUUUUUUUAAACCACAUUUAAAAUUGUGUUCAUAACAGGAUCUGAAUGUGUAUUGCAAACCAAUUUGCAUCAUUCAAUAGCAGUGAAACAAAACACUGUGGUACAUAUUUAAAAAAUUUUAUUAAAAAAAAAAACCAAUAAGGUGUAACAUGUAGCUUCACCAAUGAAGGGCAAUUCAUGCAGAGCCACCUUUUUGUUUAUGUCAAAUGAAAUGAUGGAGAUUGUGCUUGAAUUUGGUUCAUCAGUAGUAUCACUGCAACUUGUAAAACUUGGAACUUGUUCACUUUAACCCCCAUGACGAUCAUGACAGAAUUUCUUCCUUAUGAUAGGCAGAGAAGUGAUUAGAGUAAAGAAAAAUAUCAAUUGGAGGAUUAUUGGUUGAUCCAAUACCAAAUUCUCCAAACUAACAUGAUAAGAAUUUUACCGCAGAUGGUAUAGAGAAUUACUAAUGAGAUCUGGAAGUGAAAGAGUUAUUUCAUUUGUUGCCUCAUUUUUUUUGUAGAAAAAACAUUUUUAAAGUACAAGCAAUACAUUUCUGCAAAGUAUACUACAAAAUAAUUAUGUUUCUGGUAAUGCAUCAAUCAAUUUGAAGCUUCCACAUCCCCUCUUGGCAACCUCCCAUCCUGGGCAUUUUAACUUUUUAAGAUUAGUUUGUUCAAAUUCCUGUCCCCAGGGGCAAAAAUUGUGUUCAAAUGCCCCAACCAAUUUUUUUUUGUAGAAGGCAACAUCAGUACCAUGACCUCUUAAACAUUAAUAAAAAAAUAAAAACCUAGAUUAUGUAGAUCUUUACUUCAGAGUCAUUUGCUUGCAAAGGUGAACUAUUUACCUUAAUUAAACACUUCGACACUUUCAAUUCAAAUUCCCCACCACACCCAGGCAGGGAAGGCAGUGACAUAUGACUGUAGGUUGCACAGAAAAGGGAGGGAUUUUAGAGCUUUGAAUUGAUCGGCACAUAAAACUUUUAGGAUUUAAUCAACCAUUAUCAAACUUUUUGCAAUGAACAAACAUGGUAAUUUACAAUUUUGAUGGCAGUUGUGUUUGCUUACUAUGAGGAAUGGAGCGAAAUGGUCAAUGGUCUUAGAGAACAGGCAAAAGAGAUGAUGCUGGGAUAUGAAUUGAGAUGUAAAGAGAAAAAGGUAUUUUAAUAUCUAGCUCUCGCUACUUGUUAUUCUUUUAUUAAACCCAAUCAACACAGAGCAGUUUUGUCCAUCUAUCGUCAACCCUCUUUUAAACUCCCAUGAGUGAAAAAGACAGAAUUUCUCCACACAAUAUCAAUACAGCAUCAAGCAGACACGCGAUAAGAAUAAAGACCAACAUAAAUUAGGGUUGUUUUUUUGGUCCAAAACCAAUUUGUCCAAGUUAACAGAAAGAUUUCCAGAUUUCAGGGAAAAAGAGAAAUAAAACACAAACAAUAGGACAUAAUCAUUACAUGCUUAGUUUAUUUGAAAGUAUUUAAAUGGGGAUCUAGGUGUGCCAAAGGGGAAAGGAGGUUGUCAUUAUAUUCAGCAAACUUUUGUCUCUUGUGUUCAAGACAUAGCUCCUUUACAUUUAGAGAACUAUCAAUUGAGGGUGUCUUUUAGGAGCAAUAAUGAAGUGAUUACAAAUCACUAGAUCCACAUGUGACAACAUUGAAAAAUCAAUUAAGGUAGCAAGUUACAGUGUAGUUCUUUAUAUGUGCAUGUUGGUCAUCCCUUUUAUAUCUUCGAGGUUAUCAUUUUAAGCCCAACAAGAUUGGCCAGUGAUGGAGGUUUAAAUUAUAAUUUUUAUGACUAAAAUGCCCAUCAUGGGAGUCAUAAUAAGCAUAGGUGAUUGUAGCUGAUUAGUCAGCAAAGUGGACUGACCAAUUGAUUAAUUUGGUCUCAUCAACUGAGUUGAUAAUGUAAUUAAAUCAGCCAAUAGUGAUUACAAUUAAGGGCUAACACAAAGGGUUCACUCUUGAAACAUCAGCUUUAGAACUGAUGGUGGCCAAUUGACAUCAUCAAUUCAGUUUUUAAAACCAAAUUAUCUUUUAUUGCCCAACACUGAUGCAGCACCACAGUUUCUUUAGAAACAUCUCUGUUAUUCAUUAAUCAAUUGAGUAGCUUAUUAUUACUGUUUUGUAGGUCCAUUUUGGUUGAUAUUUUUUUUCUUCAAUUUUAUCCUUAUUAUUUUAGUUACAUUAUGAGAUGAUCCUGAUUGCUGGUAAGCCUGCAGGUAAUGUGAUAUGCAGUGAGGCUAAAACACAGAAGGUGGACCUUGUUAUAACUGGUUGCCGUGGACUGAGCAAAGCUAGACGUACAAUCCUUGGAAGUGUUAGUGACUAUGUAGUGCACCACAGUGGCCUUCCAGUCUGUGUAGUACCUCCUCCUUUAAAAAAACAUGACCAAUGAAAAAUAUUUAGAUACACAGAUCUGAUCCCAGCUGCAAUUAGACAUACUGCUCCAAAAGAAAAACACUUUUUGGUUUACAAAUGAGGCAUUCAUUUUUCAUAAACUUCUUAAUAACUGAGAGUGAGGGCCAUACUAGGGAAUAUUGGCCUGAGGUCCAUACCAAAAUGGCUAAGGGCCAAUAUUCCCCAGUACAGCUUGAGCAAGUGAGGUUAGUAAGUAGUUAUAAUUACAUGGCACCCAGACCAAUCUUGUUUAUUUUCAAUUUGCAAGCUUCCCCAAACUUAAAUAAGGAACUGUCAGUAUGGCAAAAUCCUGACCAAGUAAGGGCCAAUCAGAAUGACUGGAUUUACCUCAGGAUUUCAUAUGUAUCUUGUCAUGUAAUUAAAUUGAGUAUUUUAAUUCAAAAGCCAAGCUGCAGUCAUUAGAAACUGGCAUAGAUCAAAACUUGUUUGAUCUGUGUAAAUGAUCAAAAGGGUUACAGCUCUGCAACUGAGAAAAUGCAUUACCACUGAAAAGGAUACUUAUCAAAAUAUUGUAAGUAGUCUGAGAAGAUUUAACCAAUUACUAUCAAAAUAGGGGUUUCACUGGUCAUAUAAUUAAUCGUUUAAACAUUAUGAACAUGCAAACAAUUUAAACUAUUUCUGGUUCAAAUUUUCUCUGCAUUAUUAAAAUGGUUACAGAAACUGUACCAGAGUUAUGGAGAUUUAGAUUGCCUUAAUUAAAGAUAAUUAUCAUUUUAAAAGUCACAUUUACCAUUGCAACUUUCAGUCACUGUCUGGUACUUAAAUAUUUUUAUCUAGGCUACAUCAAAUUUCCUUGAUUACAAAGUUUCUAAAUUUUCGAUCAGACUCUUUCAUGUGUGUCUUCAAUUAUCAUCAAGAUAAUAAUUAACAACUAUUAUCUUCGUAUAAACUAGAUCAGUGAGAUAAUAUUGCACUUAAAGAAGAUUUUUGUUUCUGCAAGAUUACAAUAUUUCCUGGUGCAAAUCCCAUGUUAGUUACUUGAAGGUGAAUGACAAAGGAUAUUUUUAGUUCGAGUACCCAAUCAAGAGCGUGCCUUCAAUGCCAUCCACUGAUUUAGUAUAUACUAAAUGUCAAUUACAGACCUAGUUUACUAAGUGCAUUCAGAAGUUACAAUCAUCCACAUAUCACACAAUCCUCUAAGAUAUUUUAACUAUUGCCACUUGACAUAUGGUAAGCAUAGAGGUCAAUAAUAUUAAGGUAAUUUAAUUAAGUGUACUAAUCUACAAGUAUUUACAUACUGUAACUGUAGAAGAAUUUUACUAUUUUGAGGUUUAAAAAACUGCC